UAAAGACAACCGACUUAUGAACUAGCCAAUGGCGAAACAGAUAUCUAAUACUUUCUGCUGAAAACAACCAAUAGGAGAUGAGGUAUCGUGUUUCAUAGUCAAAUAUAGAAGGAAGGAUAAACGGCCAUGGAAGGAGAAUAUGGCGUUGAGCUAAAUUGUACAUUACCUUUGUUUAGUAGGCAAAACCAAAUCAUUGAAGUUUGUGCACUUUUGGGCCUUAAGGAUGACCAAACCACUAAAGCUCGAGAAUUAUGGAACUCAUAUAAAAAAUUCGAAAAGCUAAUAAGGACAUAAUAAUUGGAAGGAAGAACAAAGGAGAGAAGUGGUAUACAUAAUCCUUAUUCCUUUGUUCCACAUGCAGGGACGAAAAUGACUCGUAGCAGCGUGAGCGGAACUUUCUAUGGUAAAAUGGAUGUUAUCAGCAUGAGAUUCUAUUUUGGCCAACAUCUUGACAACUGGAUUCCCGUAGGUGGGCGGAGGAUUACACUGAACUUCGACAGAUGGCGCUUUACUCCAAGAUAGAUGAAAACCGUAUAUUCUUCAAAAUUCCCACAAUUUGUGAUAAAACCGGACAAACGGCACCGUCAUUUGAUUCUGUGGAGGCGUCAGAGAGAAACUUGUAGACUGAAUUCUUCCUCAUCUGCUCAUAUAGUAUAUUAUAAGAAGGAAUAGUGAGAUUGCUAAGAACACACACUGAAAAGCUUCAUUUUAUGUGUGUGUGAGAGAGAGGCAGGAUGUAAUCGGCUACAUUCCCCACAUUCAAGCUAAAACACAAUUACAAGAGGAUAACACCUGAAAUGAGAUUCGAGCUAAGCUGCCCUUUACGUAGGGGAAUUUUCUUCUGCUUUAUUCUUGGGGUAAGACUCGCAGGGUUAGCAGCUCUUCAGAUUACACGACUGUCUGUCCCCCCUUGCAUUCAAAGCGGAAGUCAAGAGUCGGUGGUUUUAGAUUGCGAAUACAACCUCACUGAAAAAGAUAAAUCGAUGGUUGUUAAAUGGUUCUUGAAUAACGACCCGGAGCCAAUUUACCAAUGGAUUCCUGAACUGAACUCUAGACACUUUUCUUACCGCUUAGAAGGAAGGGUUAACAUGAAGUAUACAGUGUCUCCGUCCGACGAUUAUACCAAGUAUCGUGCUAUAAAGAUCCUUAGACCUACUAUAGAUCUGAGUGGUCUAUACACGUGCACAGUCGGAUCCCUGUCGGGCAGUGAUUCCAAAGAAAAGCUGAUGAUUGUUUAUUCGCCUCCGACUGUUUUCACUCUCAACUCUACGUGCAUAUCAGGCGAGAAGGAACGACUGAGUUGCCAGGCAGAAGGCGUGUUCCCGUUACCACAUUUAGCCAUGUAUGAGGUGACAAGUCCCGCAAGGCCUCGCGAACUGGCGGCAAAUUCCUUUGACAGUGAAAUCCAAACUAUUACAGGUGCCUACAACGUCGAGAUUUCAAGAGAACUUACCAUGGAGGAUUUGAGAGGAAAGGAACCCAAGGUUUUUAAAUGUGUACUAAGUAUACCGGGUACCAAGUAUCAAGCAGAGAGAUCUGUAGUUUAUUAUCCAGCUGCUACUGACGGCCAUAAUGUUCCUGUAUACGUGAAUGUGACCCUUUUGGCUACAUGUUUAUUAGUCCUUAACUUGCUGCUGUGAAGCAAAAAGGAGAAGAAGAACGAAAAAUGCGAGAGGGAAAUCUGAGAUGAAUUUUAAUUCAUAUACAAUUACAGAAUGAUCAAGAGAAUAGAAUCAUACAAAUAUAAUGUUGCUACGCUGAAUUACAUGCUUAUGAUCUUUGUUGAAAUGUUUUGUAAUCAUUUACGUACAAAUACUAGACUUGCUUCUGCUUUUCCUUGUACGUUCGUUACAGGUCGUCGAGGUGUACCACAAGAGCUUAUAUAAUAUUUAUGGAAGAAAAGAUAACUUUCACUACAAAGAUCUUGUUUCGUGGUUAACUCCAAUCUCUGGGUAUUCACUGUUUUUGUAUUUGUUUUACGACUGAUUAUAAGACGAUCUUAGAGUUCAAUAAAGUCCAUGAAUAUUUCA